AUGGCGAGCGCGGCCGGUCCCGCAGGCGCCGCCACCGUGUGCUUCGGGAACAUGUUCAUCGAGCUGCCCAAGGCCAGGACGCGGGAGAUGGUGCAGAAGGAUCAGCAGCAGCUGGAUGAGGAGAUAAACAGCCUGCGGAAGGAGCUGCGCGUCAAGGUCAACCGGCUCUUCGAGGCCCAAGGUAAGGCCGAGCUGAAAGGAUUUAACCUGAACCCUAUGACGCCCGAGGAAAUGAAGCUCAUCAACCGCAUCCUGGAAGGCUGAGGCUGCGGCCCCGCAGCCCGUGCCACUUAGCGGGGCAAACGGGGGGAAUUCACACUGCUCCGGCCGUGCCCAAGGGCAGCGUUCCCAGCCGUUAUUCCCGCAGCCUUGCUCGAGUGCGAUCUCCGUGGUAGGCAGCAGGAAGCAGUGCCAGCGCUUCC